GUAGAUAUUAUAUCAUAAUAUCCAAUUUAGUUGAAUUUGUUAUUAUUUUAACUUUGCGUGGAUGUUUAGAGUUAGGGUUUGUUUUUAAAGUUACAAGUUUUCUUAGAAGGGAAUUCCUUGCUGUAGCUUCCCAAGAGAGAAGGUGAAGCAGAAAGUUAAGUCAUGGUGAAGCAUAACAAUGUUGUGCCCAAUGGGCAUUUCAAGAAGCACUGGCAGCGCUACGUUAAGACCUGGUUCAACCAGCCCGCUCGCAAGGCGAGGAGACGUACUGCUCGUCAAAAGAAGGCAGUGAAAAUUUUCCCCCGACCCACGGCUGGUCCUCUCCGUCCAGUGGUACACGGACAGACACAAAGAUACAACAUGAAAGUUCGCGCUGGUAGGGGAUUUUCGCUGGAGGAACUUAAGUCAGCUGGAAUUCCCAAGAAGUUAGCUCCAACUAUUGGUAUUGCAGUGGACCACCGUCGCAGAAAUCGUUCACUUGAGGGUCUUCAAGCUAAUGUUCAGCGAUUGAAGACAUACAAGGCGAAGUUAGUUGUCUUCCCAAGAAGUGCUCGCAAGUUUAAGGUUGGUGAUUCUAGUCCUGAGGAGCUGGCCAGUGCGACCCAAGUACAGGGUACUUAUUUGCCAAUCCAUCAAGAAAAACCAUCUGCUGAACUUGUAAUGGUUACUGAUGAAAUGAAAUCCUUCAAAGCAUAUUCCAAGCUGCGUGUGGAAAGGAUGAACAAACGAAUGGCUGGAACUCGUUUGAAGAGGGCCGCUGAGGCAGAGAAGGAUGAGAAAAAAUGAUUUAAUGGAGUGAUGGGUUGAAGAGAACAUGAUUAGCAAAGCGGACAUUUUAGUUAUUAAUUAGCAAAACAUUCAUUAGAAUUGUGUUGCAUUCAAUUUUGUGAUAUUUUGAUGCAUCCAUUAGAUGCAUAUACUCUGAUGCAGUCACCAAUCAGAAUCAAGAAUUUUGAUAAUGUUUGAAUUUGUCGAACUUUCAGGAUUUACAAAUAACCAAUUUAAGCUUUCUUCAA